GGGGUUUGUGGCGUCACAAUACCAACGCGCUGCUGUGUUGUUUUUGUGUCCCCAGCUCCUGGGAAAAGCCGUCUGGAUCUCUUUACCUGGCCAUCUUCUACUGCCAGGCGAGGCGACCAGAGAUCCCUUCCGAACGCUCUGCCAAUAGUGUUGUGGCGGGAGCUGGCACUUCUGAAGCGAUCCUGAAACCUAUUGAAAUUUGACGGAGAGGAGCAAUACGCGAGAGACGCAAUCAUCAGCGAGGAAGGCAGGCCCCGUCUGGGGAUUUUAGAAACCCUGCGGUCCAUCAUGAAGUUCCAGUAUAAAGAGGACCAUCCCUUUGAAUAUCGGAAAAAGGAAGGAGAAAAGAUCCGGAAGAAAUAUCCGGACAGGGUCCCUGUGAUCGUGGAGAAGGCUCCUAAAGCCAGGGUGCCUGACCUGGACAAGAGGAAGUAUCUCGUGCCCUCUGACCUCACCGUGGGCCAGUUCUAUUUCUUAAUCCGGAAGAGGAUCCACCUCCGACCUGAGGACGCUUUAUUCUUCUUUGUCAACAACACCAUCCCUCCCACUAGUGCUACCAUGGGCCAGCUGUAUGAGGACAACCAUGAGGAGGACUAUUUUCUGUAUGUGGCCUACAGCGAUGAGAGUGUCUAUGGGAACCAUACCCCCAAGCGGUAUCUCCCUCUGUAGAGUUUUAUACAAUAUAUUAGUCACCAAAAAGGAAGUAAUGGCCGUAAAAGAUCCAUGGCAGGAUUCCACCAACCACCAAACCAUGCUUUGUGUACUGAUUGUGAAAGUUCAGUCAGGAUGGAGAGCAAAUGAAAAAGCCUGAGCCCAGCAAGCACCACGUGCAGAAAAUUAUGGAAAGCUCCAAGGAAUUUUGAUGGUGACAUCAGAACAUUGAAAAUGGAUACUUGUCACUACUGACAGAAAAAUUGGAAUAUUCCAUGCCACAUGAAAGCUAAUAGUUAAAUGUUAAGAUAUGAAAUAUAUUUUGAAACUAAUAAACUUACCUACUAAAACAAAACUUACCUAAAGAUAAGGUUGGAUGAAUAUUAAAAAGAAAACAAAUGCAUAGCAGAUCCCAGCCCUCUAGCCACAUCUGAAACAGCUCAUGUACUGCAAGAGACUGCAGGCCACUGCUAAACUACAAGGUACAUUGAGUUUAGAAGCUGUCUCCUCUAGGAGGCCUUUGCUUAUUUCAGUCCUAGUUUUUUCUGGAUUUUCCUGGUGGAAUGAUUUUAUUUUUGGAUAGCACAUCACAUACCAUUUUAGACGAGCACUUUGAUUUUAUACAUGCAUAAAGUUUAAAUAACUUAGUUAAGUUCAGAAGAACUUAACUAAGAGGUAGACUGGGUAUUCCAGAGUCUUGAUUGGGCUAUGAUACUCUGUCCUGAGCACCAGUCUCCUUACAAAGUUGCCGGGAUUGUCUCAGCAUCACUCCUGUUUCCUGUUAGUCAAGCUUUUAAAGCUUCUUAGUACCUUCAGGCCAUUAUUAAGAAAGUUUUGAACUAAAAGCAGUUUAAGAUAUGUCCUUCCAUUAAUCUGGGCCCCAUUUCCCAUAUAUGAUUGCUAUGUGGAUUUCUGGGGAACAAGGUAAAUGGUGUGUCAAAUAGAUCCAUUUUUUCCCCUGGAGGAUGGGAUGACAUCAAGGUCAGAAAUAAGUAGACCCUGGUGGUGUAGUGGUUAAGUGCCACAACUGCUAACCAACAGGUCAGCAGUUCAGAUCUGCCAGGCGCUCCUUGGAAAAUCUAUGGUGUAGUUCUACUCUGUCCUAUAGGGUCACUAUGAGUCAGAAUCGACUCGACUGCAGUGGGUUUGGUUUUGGUUUUUUAGCUCUUAGCUCUUUGGUAGGAAAAUCUCAAAUAUUUCUAUUUAUAUGUAGGGUGAACAUUACACAUACAUUUGCCAAACACAGUAUGGUUUAUGCCUUUUGUCCCAAUUAAUUUACCAAUGGUUUCUUCUUUCACAGUCACAAGUGCCCCAUAUCGGACAAGAAAUUAUAUGGUCACUUAUAUUUGUUAUAAAAACUGAACUUUGCUCCCUCCAUCAAGAGGGACACAGUACCUGUACCAUCCAAUACUGCAUGUCCCCGUAUAUCUCUUACCCUGUUUCAGUCAAGACUAGAAAAAAGAUUCCACUCUUGAACAGCAGACUAUUCUGCUUUAUUCCAUUUUGUCCCCCAUUACUGAAUUGCUUUUUCUGCUUUUCUCCUUCAAAACUUGCACGCCUUAAAAAAAAAAAAAAAAGUUUAUAGACUACGUUGUGAAAUCAGAGGUUAAGAUUGCAAAAUAACAAAAUAUAAAUGAUGGGAUGGUAAACUAAUGUCUGGUGGUAAAUAGGCAGACCGGUCCACUAUGCAGUGCCAUGCCCAACUCUGGGGGCCACGAUGUGAACAGUGCCCCCUGGAGUAAUGUGGUACACAAUCUUCUGACUGUUGCAUUGGUUCUUUGGAUACCAUAUUGUCAGUUACUGCCUUGGAACAUAUAUUAAGCUUAUAAUCCUACACUGUAUGUACAUCUUUAACCAUCAGAUAUCAUAGGUAUGGUAUGAUUUGGAGGUUUUGGUUUGUGGAAAGCAUACAUGUCCAUUUGCCCACGAAUACAGCUCCAAAUCAGCUGUAACAACAACAACAACAAUAAAAAGUCAUUUCUGGGAAAUAAAUGAUAUAUUCAUUUCAUCCAGUUUUUACACAAAACUUAUAAUCAGCUACUUCUAGCUGUGUUUUCUUUCAGAUAUUUUUACUCUGACAAAUCUGAACAAGCUAUAAGCACUUAUGUUUUUUUUUUUUUUAAGUUUCAUGAAACCAAAUAUUUUCAGAAACUGGUCAUUUUGUCCUUAAGUGCUUCUGCGUCUAGGUUGUCACCUCCAGGCAGCCCUGAAUAGUCUUAGAUCGUGCCUCCUGACACUCCUCCCCACAGCCCCUUUAUUAACCAGGAUAUUACAGUGGAAGUUCUGUAUUUGGUCAGUUGCAGCCUAUGCCACAGUCCUAUGGAUGAUGCAGUUCUUCAGAGCUUGUUUUUCUGUGUAUUUUGGUGCAUGCUUAAAAUUUUUUUUAAUUAAAAAUCACAAAUAUAGGGUCACUAUGAGUUGGAAUCGACUUGAUGGCACUGGGUUUGGUUUGGUUUGGUUUUGGUAUUCGAGUCCCUGUCACAAAAGUUGAGAGAGACUGAUGGUGUGAAUCUAUUUACCCCGUUGUGUCAUAGCGCCUUGCCCCAUUUUUGCUUCCUUCUUUUUUUUUUUUCUUUUAUUCUUAUAGUUAUGGACACUUUGUGUCUGUUACUUUUUAAGGACAUACUGCUGUUGUUUGGUGCUGUAAAGUUGGUUCAGACUCAUAGCGACCCUAUGUAUGACAGAGUGAAACACUGCCCUGGCCUGCACCAUCCUCACAAUCGUUUUCAUGCUUGAACCCAUUUUUGCAGCCACUGUGUCAGUCCAUCUCGUUGAGGGUCUUCCUCUUUUUCACUGACCCUCUACUUUACCAAGGAGGAUGUCCUUCUCCAGGGACUGGUUCCUCCUGAUAACAGGUCCAAAGUAUGUGAAUUGAAGUCUCGCCAUCCUUGUAUGUUGAGGUGAAAUCCAUCCUGAAAGCCAUAGUCUUUGAUCUUCAUCAGUAAGUGCUUCAAGUCCUCUUCACUUUCAGCAAGCAAGGUUGUAUCAUCUGCAUAUCUCAGGUUGUUAAUGAGUCUUCCUCCAAUUCUGAUGCCUUGUUCUUCUUCAUAUAGUCCAGUUUCUCUGAUUAUUUGCUCAGCAUACAGAUCGAAUAAGUAUGGUAAAAGGAUACAACACUAAUGCACCCUUUCCUGACUUUAAACUACGCAGUAUCCCUUCUUCUGUUUGAACGACUGCCUCUUGGUAUAUGUACAAGUUCUACAUUAGCACAAUUAAGUGUCCAGAAAUUUCCAUUUUUUGCAAUGUUAUCCUUAAUUUAUUAUGGUCCACACAGUUGAAUGCCUUUGCAUGGUCAAUAAAAUACAGGUAAUCAUCUUUCUGGUAUUUU